CCGCCCCUACGGCCCAGGCCCCGCCCCUCGCGUGUUUCUGGGCUCGGUAGUGUUAAUAAAGUUGCGGCUGUUUGACGUUUGCGGCAGACAAGAUGGCGGCCUUCAUGCUGGGCUCGCUGCUGCGGACGUUCCGGCAGAUGGGUCCUUCAUCAGCUUCAGGCCAAGUUCGAGGUUACUAUGUAGACUGGAGAAUGUUGCGAGAUGUGAAGAGACGAAAAAUGGCCUAUGAAUAUGCAGACGAGAGGCUCCGUAUCAAUUCACUCAGGAAGAACACAAUCUUGCCAAAAGAUCUUCAGGAAGUGGCCGAUGAAGAAAUUGCUGCCCUUCCCCGGGAUAGCUGUCCCGUUAGAAUCAGAAAUCGAUGUGUUAUGACGUCCCGUCCACGUGGUGUAAAGCGGCGCUGGAGGCUUAGUCGUAUCGUCUUCCGUCAUUUAGCUGACCAUGGGCAGCUUUCUGGGGUCCAGAGAGCCAUGUGGUAAAUCAGCUCCAGAACCCACUGAGCUUGCAGGGAAGCCAGUUCUGGCAAGAAGAGACUUUUCUAGACAAACUCCUAGUCUCUUUGGGGGCCCAGUGUUGUUCAGUCUACCUGAUGCUGUGUAUAGUUAAAUUACUUUUAAAUUUUAAAUGAAGAAAUCUGAAUGUUUCAU